CCUCUCCUGUGUCGCGGCUACCUACGAUAUAGUGUAGUCUUGUCGGUGGUGGACGUCCGUCGCGCGCGGAGAGAUCCAUUCAUGGCGCUUGCAUCACCUGCAUUGGCGCUUCCCCUGCUGCUGCUCGCUUCUUCGUUGGCGCUGCUGAGAGUUCGCUCGGACGAUGCGGUGGAGAGCCAGCUUCUCAACGACAUCAACAUGUACCGGAGCAACUUGGGGGCGCCUCUCCUGUCGCCCAACCCGGGAGCUUCGUGUCUGGCGGACAAGUUGGCUGACCACUUCCAGCACACGCCAUGCGACAACGUAACCGAGGCACAGACAUCCCCGGGCCUCACGCCCGAUUUCCCCGACUACCCCUCCAUGCUCGCUGACUGCCGCCUCGACCUCGCCAACACCACCGGAGGCCAGGUCCUCGUCGACUGCAUCCCCGCCUCCUCUGACGCUGCCGGCACGGCCUUCCAAAACUUCACGCGCUCGCAAGAGUACCAGAGGUUCAUCAACUCGUCCGAGUUUUCCUCCAUUGGAAUCGCCAACGAAGACGCCUGGUUCGUUCUAGUUCUGGGAACCAAGGCUAGCAACGCCAAUUUCAACCAGUCAUCGGCGGCCGCAGCAGGAGCACAGCUACUGUCGAUCGUGCCGAUUAUUGCCGUGGUUGGGGCAGCUCUCCUGUCUCUCUCGUGAUUGGAAUACACUCGUCCAAUCUUGUUAUUGUAAUCUAAGCUAUAGAGCGAGCGUAGAAGACGGUUAGUGAUUCUGGUGAUGACGAAAGAACGAACCUGUUUAGCUUUUA